GGCGAGCAGUGGCAGCGGGCAUUGGCGCUGAUAAACGAGAUGUGGGAGGUGAAGCUGGAGCCCAACUCAGCUACAAUGCUGGGAUCAGCGCGUGCGAGAAGGGCGAGCAGUGGCAGCGGGCGCUUGCGCUGCUGAGCGAGAUGUGGGAGGUGCAACUGGAGCCCAACCUCAGCUACAGCGCUGGGAUUAGCGCGUGCGAGAAGGGCGAGCAGUGGCAGCGGGCGCUUGCGCUGAUGAGCGAGAUGUGGGAGGUGAAGCUGGAGCCCAGCGUCAUCAGCUACAAUGCUGCGAUCAGCGCGUGCGAGAAGGGUGAGCAGUGGCAGCCGGCGCUGGCGCUGCUAAGCGAGAUGUGGGAGGUAAAGCUGGAACCCGACGUCAUCUUUUUGACAGCACCGGGAGCAGCUGCUGGGAUCAGCGCGUGCGACAAUGGCGAGCAGUGGCAGCGGGCGCUGGCGCUGCUGAGCGAGAUGUGUGAGGUGAAGCUGGAGCCCAGCGUCAUCUUCAGCUACAGCGCUGGGAUCAGCGCGUGCGAGCAGGGCGAGCAGUGGCAGCGGGCGCUGGCGCUGCUGAGCGAGAUGCGGGAUCAGCUACAGCGCUGGGAUCAGCGCGUGCGAGAAGGGCGAGCAGUGGCAGCAGGCGCUAUCGUUGCUGAGCGAGAUGUGGGAGGCGAAGCUGGAGCCCAACGUCAUCAUCUACAGCGCUGGGAUCAGCUCGUGCAGGAAGGGCGGGCAGUGGCAAGGGGCCCUGGCGUUGCUGAACGAGAUGCAGGAGGUGAAGCUGGAACCCGACGUCAUCAGUUACAAUGCUAUGAUCAGCACCUGCGAGAAGGGUGGGCUCCCGCCUGGUUCCCGUUGUUCUUUCGGGCGCCCACGGGCGCCUAGGGCGGCGAGUUUUGUUCAAAAAGGCACCCUUGGAUCACGCAUUUCUUCGAUGCCAGGCCCUCGCAGAAAUUCGACCGCCC